UCCACGCUCCUCUCCUCAGCCCUUUCCUCGCUCUUUUCUCUCCUCGCACAGAGACCGACACAGAUGUCCUUGCAGCUGCACAUUUGCUGUCCGUGCCUCUUUUGCUUCUAACUCCCUGAUCGUGGUUGUCCUUGUGUCUUCUCGUUCUUCCCAGGAAAGAUCUCUGUCUUUCUUUCCCCAUCUCUCUCUCUCUGCCCUUUCUUCUCCCUGACUCCCUCUGGCCCUCCUCCCUCCCUCGGCACCUGCCAGUCACUCACUUUUCCUCCAGCCCACUCGGGGGUCUCUCCUGAGUGCCCACUUGAGCCGCUCUUGCUGUCUCUUCCCGUGGCCACUGCCUGCACCCACCCUGCCCCUUGCUCUUCCAGAAGCUUCUUCUCAGUGCCCAGGGCCUGGGUGGCUUGACUCGGAGGUUCCUGUGGCAUCCGUUGGAGGGGCCGUAGGGUCAUUGUAUUUCCUCCCGGAGGUGACUUGGCAGCCAUCGGCCCUGUUUUUUCACUUCUGCAAUUGGCAGACAGCAGCACAGAGGCUGGAGCCAGGGCUGGAGCCAGGGAAACAACAGCCCCUAUAGCUGAGCUACUGCCUCUGCUACAGGCACUGCCAGGCCCCUAUGACCAGCUGACUCUUGCAGCCCAGAGCCAUGGAGUUAAAUGACUCUUCCCGUGUGGACUCAGAGUUCCGGUACACUCUCUUCCCAAUUGUUUAUAGCAUUACCUUUGUGCUAGGGAUCACGGCCAAUGGCUAUGUGCUGUGGGUCUUUGCCCGCCUGUACCCUUCCAAGAAACUAAAUGAGAUAAAGAUCUUCAUGGUGAACCUCACUGUGGCUGACCUGCUCUUCCUUGUCACCCUGCCACUGUGGAUCGUCUACUACUCCAACCAGGGCGACUGGAUUCUACCCAAAUUCCUUUGUAACCUGGCUGGCUGCCUCUUCUUCAUCAACACCUACUGCUCUGUGGCCUUCCUGGGAGUGAUCACUUAUAACCGCUUCCAGGCGGUGAGACAUCCCAUCAAGACGGCUCAGGCAACCACGCGCAAGCGUGGCAUCGCUUUGUCCUUGGUCAUCUGGGUGACCAUUGUGGCCGCUGCCUCCUACUUCCUUUUCAUGACAUCCACCAAUGUGGUGUCUAAUAAGGCGGGCUCAGGCACCAUCACUCGCUGCUUUGAGCAUUACAAGAAAGGCAGCAAGCCCGUCCUCAUCAUCCACAUCUGCAUCGUGCUUGGCUUCUUCAUCGUCUUUUUCCUCAUCCUCUUCUGCAACCUGGUCAUCAUCCGCACGCUGCUCACCCAGCCAGUGCAGCAGCAGCAGCAGCGCAAUGCUGAGGUCAAGCGCCGGGCUCUGUGGAUGGUCUGCACGGUUUUGGCGGUGUUCAUCAUCUGCUUUGUGCCCCACCACAUGGUACAGCUGCCCUGGACCCUGGCCGAGCUGGGGAAGUGGCCCAGCAACAGCCACCAGGCUAUUAACGAUGUACAUCAGGUCACCCUCUGCCUCCUUAGCACCAACUGCGUCUUAGACCCCGUCAUUUACUGUUUCCUCACCAAGAAGUUUCGCAGGCACCUCAGCGAAAAGCUUCAAGUCAUGCGCAGCAGCCGGAAAUGCUCCCGGGUCACCACUGACACGGGCACCGAUGUGGCCAUUCCAAUCAACCACCUUCCUGUCAAUUCCCUCAAAGUUUAGUUCCUGCUUGUUGGGGUCAGGCCCAAAGUCUUUUCCAUGAGCAUCAUAGUCGAGGCUGGGGGAAGAAGAGACAUCUGCUGUAGUCACCUCCUCCCUGGGCACUGAUGGCCUAUUAAAUAUAAAGGCUACCUCACGCAGGCGGGGAUGAUGGCAGUGCUGGACUGCUAGAAAAUCCAGAAGUUGAACAAGCACCUUCAUCUACUUUUGGGCAUGUUAUGACCUCACCCUGAGCCCCUGGGUCUGAUGGGGCUAGGAGGAAUAUGGGGGUUGGGGGCAGAUUCUGAGCCACCCCCAGUUCAUCCCACUAGGGUAGCAGCCUAUGGCUUUGGGCAGUGACUCCCAUGCACCGAAGGCAAGUGGGAAAGUGACUCUUCCCUGGCUGUGUGCAAGGAUCUUUGGGGAAGUUUGAUUUAGGAUUGUGUCUUCCUCUUUCUACCCACAGGUACAGGUCUUUCCCUGUGGAAGUGGCCUGGUAGAAUCUUCUGAUUCAGCCAUUAAACCUGUCCUGAAAGACAGCUAUAGAAGGGAAAACAUGAACAGAGCAAAAGUUAGGAUGGGAGCUUGCUUCUUGCACAAGACUUGCUUCAGGCCAGAUCAGCUCUGAGGGACUGGGAGAGAGGCGGCUUCUCCUCCAUUUUUCUGCUUUAAUACCAGACCCUGAGGAAGGACUUUCUGUGGGGCAAAAAGUGCCCUCGGCAAAAUUUGAGAGUGGUCAGGCUAGGGCAACUCAAAGGGCUGAGGGUUCCAUGGAAACAGCCCUUGGGCGAGGAAGAGCCUGAGAUUUCUGGGUGGGAGAAGCCUGCUUGAUCUCUGCUCCCAGAGGUAGCAGAGAUCGUAACUUGCAGGAGCUAGAAGGGACAGUUGCAGUGGGACAGGCUGGCGGGUGUCAGCUUCUCCUGAGCACUUCUAGACACCUGUGUGUGAUUUUUGGUAAGUAUUCAAAUGACACUCUUCUCUUUCCCUUAGCCAGGUAUUUGCAGUGUGACCCCUGAAGCCUCAGGCAUUGGAGGAGCUUUCCCUGGUGUCCAGUGCUCCUCAGAACUCUUCCUUCCUUCCCGCCAAUGUCCCAUGAACUUGGGAUUCUUGUUUUCUCUCUGCCAGGGAGGCACUGGACUGCUGAUUUUGACACAUGUCUCCUAAAGGCCCGUCAUCUGCUUGGGUCUGAGAGGAUAGCUGUGAGCUGGCCCUAGCCGAAGGUGACCAGACCAGGUGGCCAGGGCAGUGUACUCAAGGUUUGGUGUCACACAGACCCAAGCUCAGUCUUGAGUUUGUCUCUUCCUGCCAAGGAACUGGGGACUCAGUUUCUACCUCUCAGUGUUGUUGCCUUUGAGGUAAAAACUACCUCACUGGGUUGUUCCGAGUAAUAGAGGCUGAGAAAGACACCUCUUGGUCAGAGGGACUGCUCAUCCCAGGCCCUCCCCUCUUCUCAGAACUUGGCCCCUUCAGUGCUCCAGUAGGAGCUGAAAGAAUAAGAGGUGGGCAUCUGGAUUCAGAGGUGCUGCUUUAGGCUUUGCAGGCCGCUUACUCUGGGCUGUGAGUGCGUGCGGAGAGUGGGCGCGGGCAGGGGGUACCGCACCGGCACGACUGUGGUAGACAAAAUGGCUUUGCUCACGGAGAAAAUUUGCAGAGCAAAGCAGAAGCCAGAGAGAAGCGAACGGGAGCGUGGAGGGGAGAAGGGACCGAUCUCGCAGGGGCCUGCUGGGUGGCUGUCCUCUGCGUGCCUUCCUUCCGUUGUGUCCCGUGAGAUUGUCUUGUCGGGACACCUUCCCUUGUCUUGCUUCCCCUGCUUGGAAUGAGUGUCUAUUACUUGCAACUGGAAGUGCUACAAGUAAAGUGGACAUCUGUGUUCUCAUGCACCGUGUUUCCCGAGCAUCAGCGAUUGUAUCUCUCCUUCAGGCCCUGCAGUGUCCGUGUAUCAGCUGUAGGUUUACUUAAUAAAUAUUGUUCUUUAAGUUUGAGUCAGUUUUUAAAACUCAUAUUUAUCAAAAAAGAACUUAUAAUUGUAGAUGAAAAAAAUGCUAC